AACAUUCGCUCUGCUGUUCGCAGCUGCCUGCUCUUCCUGCGCUCUCUCCGACUUCCCCCGGAGCUGGGGGCGAACCGGAGCAGAGAAGGGGCUGAGUGGAGGCUUGGGGCUUCUUGGAAGCCGUUGGUCUAAGCCAAGCAGCUUAGGGUCUCCGACUCCUUGGGGUCUUGUUGGCGCCUUGUCAGCAGAAGCCCCUUCGCAUCUGCCUCAUUCCUGGUAAAAAGUUACCGGGGUUGCAGAUCGGAUAUAUAUUUUUUUGUCUUCUUCCCCCGGCUCUCACCCGAACAUGGUGAUGUUCAAGAAGAUCAAGUCGUUCGAGGUGGUCUUCAACGACCCCGAGAAGGUGUACGGCAGCGGGGAGAAGGUGGCGGGCCGGGUGGUGGUGGAGGUGUGCGAGGUGACGCGCGUGAAGGCCGUCCGCAUCCUGGCGUGCGGGGUGGCCAGGGUGCUGUGGAUGCAGGGCUCGCAGCAGUGCAAGCAGUCCCUGGAUUACCUGCGCUUCGAGGACACGCUGCUCCCCGAGGACCAGCCCACAGGUGAGAAUGAAAUGGUGAUCAUGAGACCUGGAAACAAAUAUGAGUACAAGUUCGGCUUUGAGCUUCCUGAAGGGCCUCUAGGAACUUCUUUCAAAGGAAAAUAUGGUUGUGUGGACUACUGGGUGAAAGCUUUCCUCGAUCGCCCCAGCCAGCCCACUCAAGAGACAAAGAAAAACUUCGAAGUAAUGGAUCUGGUGGAUGUCAAUACUCCUGAUUUAAUGGCACCGGUUUCUGCUAAGAAGGAGAAGAAAGUUUCCUGCAUGUUCAUUCCAGAUGGGCGGGUGUCCGUCUCUGCCCGAAUUGACCGAAAAGGAUUCUGUGAAGGAGAUGACAUUUCCAUCCAUGCUGACUUUGAGAAUACGUGUUCUCGAAUCGUGGUCCCCAAAGCAGCCAUUGUGGCCCGCCACACUUACCUGGCCAACGGCCAGACCAAGGUGCUGACCCAGAAGCUGUCUUCAGUCAGAGGCAAUCAUAUCAUCUCAGGGACUUGUGCCUCAUGGCGUGGCAAGAGCCUCCGGGUGCAAAAAAUCAGGCCAUCCAUCCUAGGCUGCAACAUCCUGCGAGUGGAGUACUCAUUGCUGAUCUAUGUCAGUGUCCCUGGCUCCAAGAAAGUCAUCCUCGACCUGCCCUUGGUGAUUGGCAGCAGAUCAGGCCUAAGCAGCCGGACAACAAGCAUGGCCAGCCGAACAAGCUCGGAAAUGAGCUGGAUAGACCUGAACAUCCCCGAUACCCCAGAAGCUCCUCCUUGCUAUAUGGAUAUCAUUCCUGAAGAUCACCGAUUGGAAAGCCCCACCACUCCUCUCCUGGAUGACGGGGAGGACUCUCAGGAUAGCCCCAUCUUCAUGUAUGCUCCUGAGUUCCAGUUCAUGCCGCCUCCCACAUACACUGAGGUGGACCCAUGCCUCAACAACAACAACAACAACGUGCAGUGAGCAGCAGAAGAAAAGCAGCAGCUGUCUCUACUUGUUUCUUUCUGCCUCUCUUCCUUGGACUCUGAACAUUCACAGACUUUCCAGUGGCGUGUGGGUUACCCCCAGCCUCUGCCUCUCCAGCCUAGGCAGUGUGAUUAGCAGGCACCCUCAAGCCAGUACCACUGUUGUGAUAGGGGAGUGUUUGCUGGAUGGGUGUAAAGACACACUGCACCUGUGUCUUUUUCUCAGAUCUCUUUGGAUAUGACUUUUGUAGUGGUUGGGGUUGAAAUGACCUGCUGGCAUGUCUUUCCAGGGUUGGAUUUUCUUUCUUGUUGCUGUUUUUUUUUUUUAAAGGGAAUUAGAUUUGUCAUAACAUCAAACCUCAAACUUUAUGUGCCAUCACGUGAGACAGAGCCAAUGUAACAAACAAGGAUAGAGGGGAAAGCAUGGCUCUGCUCAACAAAUUUAGGAAGUGAAAAAUUAAAAAGAAAAAUCAGUGUUCCCCUUUGUACACUUACAGAAAAAAAGAGAAACACUCCAAGGCUAAUCUGCGGACUUUGGAAGGCACUUCUUCUGUGGUUACGAGGAAGCUGCUCUAAGGCGUGCUUGCUUAGAGAAUGUACUUUAACUGCCCUACCAAAUGUCUGUCAUGUUGAAAGCCUCUUGCACUGUGUUCUCCUGGCAAAACUUGCUCUUAUGGGAGACUCCUUUUAUUUUCAUGUGACUCCUUAGAAUUGAAUCUAAGGCUAUGAUCUUAGCAGCACUUUAAUUCCUGUCAAUUUUAUUUUUUUGUUGUUGUUAGUUUCUCUCCUUACUGCAAAUGUAAGCUACACUUAAACAAGUGUAAGCACAAUAACAACAAAACUUGAGAACCAGGUGUGAUGGCUCAGGCCUGUCAUCCUGGCUGGGUACUCUGGAGGCUGAGGAUCAUGGUGUGAAGCCAGCUUAAGCAGAAAACGUAAAACUGAUCUGAUUAAUCACUAACAGGCUGUGACUCAGGUGGUAGCCUUGAGUGAAAAAGCUAAGGGAUGGCACUCAGGCCCUGAGUUCAAGCCCCAAUACUAUCACGCACACACACAAAGCCUUACUGCUUUUGAGACUAUAGAAGUGUGACUGCUGUCACUCUUGCCUACUGUGACUUCUCUAGACUCCAGGGGAAUCUCUAGAUCCACACUGCUUAAUAGACUUCACACCCCGCGGUGUGGAACUAGAGGUCAGGGGUCCCCCCAGCCCCCCACCAGUGUUAGGAGGAGCAGCUGGCCUCACUGCAGUCACCAGACCUGGUCAGUCGCCCUCAGCCAUAGCACUUUGUUCGUCCUGUGUCGGAGCACUGAGCUCCACCCUUUUCUGAGAAAUACUACAGCCCGAACCUUUGUGGGCUAAAGGUGGUUCUAUUUCUUGUUUUUGUAUUUUUAAUUGUAUAUCUUUUGUAUGAUUUAAAAAAAACUAUAUUUUGUACUUAACCAGAUAUAUUUUCAUCCCAAGUGGAAAAUCCUUUGUUUAAAAAAAUAAAGUUUUUUUAAAUUGA